CAUACGCCGGAAAACAAACCCCCAUUCCUUCCUCCUAUAAAUGGUUUCAUAAUUUUCCAAUAGUAACCGACACAUAAAUAAAUAUUAACCUUCAAAUAUAAAUAUAAAUUAAUCAAUUUAUUAAAGGAGAGAUGUCAUCAAGGGCACUACCUUAUUUAUUGCCAUAAAAUGCCCAAAUCUAUUAACUGGUAAAUGGCAAAAUGAAAAUUUUAAGGGACGGUCCAUCUACGAAAUCAGCAGAUAAUUUUACCUGCCGUACAAUUUAUCUCGAAAGUUUUUUUUUUGGGAUUUGGGUGAAAUUAGUUUUUGGAAAAGAUUUCAUAAGAAUUAUUCCAAUCGAAGUCUAAUUAGUCUCUUGAAAUUUGUAUGUAUUUGUUGACAAGAAGUGACUUUUUUGUAAAGCGUAUUCUUUGUUUAAAAUUUCUUUAAUUGUUUAUUGAAUAUCUUAUUUAUCUUCAAAAAAAUACACUUCCUUGUUUUCGUUCAUCAAAGAGUCUUAUCUUUUUUUUUUUUUUUUUUUUUUCUUUGCUGAACGGCAGAUAUUUUGAGCGACUAAGGAUUUUAACGAGAAAUUGCUUUCACGAAUAACUCGAAAAACCAACCAAUAAAAGUUUAGAAUUAAACAAGAGUACCUUUCGGUACCUAACCUCUCAUACUCAUCGGAAUUCUGGUUCGGGAGAUUUGAAUUUGCUUAAUUUGUUUCUGUUUCAACGUAGUCUGCUUGUAUAUGACUGCUUUGCUUCAGUAAAAUGACACCUUUCUCUGCUGAAGGAUGUGAUUUUGGGAAAGAAUUAGAAACUUCUGUCUCAGUUUGUGGAAAGGAAUCUAUCUCUUUGUUGCAGAAUGAUCAAAUCUUCAUCACACAACUAAAUCAAUUACAUAAAUUGAUUUUACUUCCUGUUUUGAGAACAAGAAUACCAAAUUCUGAAAAUAUAAUUCAAGAUCUUCAUAAAAUUAUUUUAUCUCAUCAGUCUAUAUAUUCUGGCAUUAUUUCUGGUGAAUGUUCCCUUAUUUCUGCUGGGAAAGAGCUGUCAUCGCACUUGCAUAAAUGGGCUAUGUAUUGCAAAAUGAUACAUAUGGAAAUAAAUGAAUUAAAGAAAAUUUGUGAAUUUAAAGAAAAUGAGUUUACUACUAGUGACUUUUUCGAAUCCCCUACUUCUCUUAUUUCCAAGUUUGAAGAGAUUUUUCAAAAUUUAUGUGAUGCAGUUCCUGAAAAUGAAGAUUACAAAGAUAUUCUAGAAUCUAUUCAGUAUACAUUUGAUGAUGUGAUUUUUAAAGCUUCAUUGCCUAAUAAUGCUUUAAGGCUUCUUCAAAUACAACGACUUCUAAUUGAUCGACAACCCAGAAUUCUGAAUCCUUCCAGAAUAUUAUUAAAAGAAGGAUGUUUAUAUAAAGUCAAUUACAAAUCAAACAAAACAAAGAAACUGGCUUUCAUACUAUUUGAUGAUGCACUGUUAAUUUGUAAAAUCCAGAAUAAAUCAUUUGAAUGGCAUGUUAAAGAUUCUUUAAAAUGUUGUGCCUUGCUACCCUUGCAUGCAUGUUCUGUAAACUUUGCUUCUGGUACUCCUUCAGUUAAAGGGAACCUUUUUAAGGUAAAAUGCUGGAAUAUAUCGUAUUUGCUCAUGUCAAAAGUUCCUGGUGAUGCCCAAAGUUGGAUCCAAGCACUGCAAUCAGCUAUUCGGCGGUAUAAAGGCUCUUUUAAGGAAACUACGCCUUAUGUGGUUAUUAAGAAAAAUAGGAAAAAGGACAGUGGAUUGUUCUCAAAUUGUUUAUCUUGGUUUACAUGAGAAAGGCAUAGAAAGUAUUUUGUAUUUCUUCAUUAGAGCUUGGGAUUUUAUGUAAAUAGACUUAUACUGUGAUAAAAAAUAAUAGCUGUAGAAUUUUUUAUAUCAUUUUUAUGUAUUAACUUUUUAUUCGUUUGAAUUUUCAAUGUUUUGUUCUUUUUUUUCUUGUUUUUAAAUAAAGCAUGUUUUAAAA